CUCUUGUCAUCACAAAAAUGUGGCUGAACGGGAUAGUAUGGCUGAAUGGGGAGAAGGGUAGCUACUUGGUUAAUAAAACAGAAUUUAGUGUCAGAUUGCUAAUUUAUUGAGCUAGGAGUCGGGCAUUUUGAUUGGACAUACUGAAACAAAGAUUAUACUGUGUACCCCUGCAUAAAUAAAGUGUACAAAUCCAGGAAUUUGAUCCUUAAAUAAACAUUCCAAAGGAGAAAAGUGAUGGUUUGGAUCUAGAGCCUGCUAAGAAUUGCCAGAAGGCAACAAGAACUCUUUUGUUAGGUCCUUGUAACUUGAGGGGACUGGAAAGGAGCACCUCCUUCAUACCGCUCAGGAAGGCUGAAGGUUGACUUCUUAGGCUUGAGGAAUAGAAUCAGCAACAGUUGCCUGGAAAGUGGAAGCCCCCAGUCGCAUGUCAAGACCAAAGUACAAACAAAGAGACCCUUAACUGGGGACUCUGGGGAAGAAGUCCACGCCUGUCUGCCCCUCUGCUUCCCGCUGCCUCCUUGCUCCUAGAUUCAUCUCUGCAGUCAGCCCUGCCCCUUUUGCCCACUUUGCAGUGAUAUUACCUGAUUUCCUGUGUUUACACCCCAAAGUGAACCUCCUGGUACUCAAGACCAGCCCAUGGAAGAAUCAUAUGAAGAAGCGGUGGUUAACGUCAUAGAGCAGGAGUGGACAUGUUUGGGUUCCCAACAGCUACCCUGCUGGACUGUCAUGGAAGAUAUGCCCAGAAUGUAGCAUUUUUCAAUGUGAUGACAGAAGCCCACAAGUAUGACUCAGAGGCCACAGGAUCUUCAAGCUGGGAUUUCCAGAGUUCGUUCAGAAGAGAGAAGGUGGAACAGAAGUCCCCAGAUUCUAAGACACUACAGGAAGACUCACCUGGAGUGAGGCAGAAGGUCUAUGAUUGCCAGGAGUGUGGAAAAUCUUUCCGGCAGAAAGGUAGUCUAACAUUGCAUGAGAGAAUCCACACUGGCCAGAAGCCCUUUGAGUGCACCCAGUGUGGAAAAAGCUUCAGGGCCAAAGGCAAUCUAGUUACACAUCAGCGGAUCCACACAGGAGAGAAGCCCUAUCAGUGCAAAGAGUGUGGGAAAAGCUUUAGUCAGCGAGGCAGUCUAGCUGUGCAUGAGAGACUCCACACUGGACAGAAACCCUAUGAAUGUGCCAUUUGCCAGAGAAGCUUCCGGAAUCAAAGUAACCUUGCUGUUCACCGAAGAGUUCACAGUGGCGAGAAGCCCUAUAGAUGUGACCAGUGUGGGAAGGCUUUCAGUCAGAAGGGAAGCCUGAUUGUCCACAUCAGAGUUCACACAGGUCUGAAGCCCUAUGCGUGUUCCCACUGCAGGAAGAGCUUCCACACCAGGGGCAACUGCAUUCUACAUGGGAAAAUCCACACAGGAGAGACACCCUAUCUCUGUGGCCAGUGUGGGAAAAGUUUCACUCAGAGAGGGAGCCUGGCUGUGCACCAGCGAAGCUGCUCGCAGAGGCUCACCCUGUAACCACUCUUCAAAGGAAUUCCUUAGGGAUUAACAAUGCAAAACCCUCUGUUGCCAAGAAGUUUAUCUAAUUCUAUAGGGUAAGUGGAAAUUCUUCCAGAAGGACCAGCAUUUCAUAGGGCAACUGACUUUUUCCCUUCCCCCAAAUGAAUAUGAAAAAUAAAUGUCUUGUUUAUCAUUA